AUGGCGACUCUCGAUUUACUUUUACUACCAGCUACUACAUAUUGCCCGCCGUCCGCUGCGCAGGCUCGCAAGACGCAACGGUCACUUAAUACUAUAAUGGAAGAUGAAGUUACGUCGCAACGCAACUCAAUGAUCAUGAUGAACAGGCGGAGUCAGGCAUAUGAAAAGGCAUCAAGGACAGCGGAGUGGCUCUCACCCAUGAGCGACAACUUCCCCACACCCCGCGGCAACCACUUUAUGUCGGCACCUAUCGCUGAGUCCACUGCAUCCGAGAGCGAGGAGAGCAUUAUCUCUGGUACCUCUGGCACACCCUCUUCGGCGCCAUGGACCAGAACUUCUUUCACUACCGAAGCCACCGACUUUGAUGACCUCUAUGAUGUCUCAUCCGACGACGAGGCACGAAGGAAGCCUUCUGUGCGCAGAAGAAGUGCGACUCGUCAGACCAGCAGAAGCAGCAGCCGUCAAUCAGUCGACUCCAUCUCCAGCAGAACCUCCCGCAAGUCUCUUCCAGUACUAGCAAUCCCAUCCAAAGGUGACCCAUGGCCAGGACACGAAGCUUUCAAGGCUCUCACCUCUCCAAUCCCACCUACCCCACCACCAAAGGUUCCUAUGUCCCCUGCUCUUUUCCAAUAUCUGCAAUCACAAGAAGUUCCUUCAUGCUCGGCACCACCAUCUCUGGAUGGCAGCCUCAGCUCCGACCAAUUGGCGGUUAUGUCUGUUCCACCGACGCCAGAGAUCGGAAGCGUAGUUGGAGACGAUGAGGAUGUUUGGGGCAAUGGUAUUCAACUUCAACCAGCUGCUUUGGCUACCCUGCAGGCACUCUCCGGUAACGAUAGCUUGUACGAGCACCAGCCCGAACAGGUGAUCGAGCUACCCCAAGCCCCCGCACCCGCCCCGCGUGUGCAAGAGAUGCAACAGAGCCUUCCUCCACUUACCACAAACAUCCACCGCAACAACUCCAUCAUUCUCUCACCCGAGAACCAGCGAUCGCUCAACAGCCUUACCCGUCUUGAGAUUCCAUCUCCAGGAGGAUUUUUCUCUACGCUCUCUCGCAAUGCUAGACACACCUGGCACUUGGUCCCACUUACCCCAGAGGCCGAUGCUCCACCAACUUCCACCACUGCUGAGAACUUCUACAAAACACCAUGGUCGUCCGGAGCUCCAGUUGAGAGCAUCUUGGAGGUAGCUGAGUCUGAUUGCAUGUCCAAUGGUCUCCCAACUGCCCCAAUCACUGCCAGAUAUGCACCUCUCCAAGAGCCCAUCGUCACUUCCACUGCCGAGAACUUCUACAACACACCAUGGAGCAGCUCUGUCCCAGUUCAGCAAACCGUCUUUGCAAACAACUCGGAUUGUAUGUCUCAAGGUCUCCCAACUGCGAGAUACGCCCCAGUCCAAGAGGAGAUCGUUCCCGAUGAGAUCAUCACCGAGACUCUCAAACUCGAUAGCGUCGCUGUUGAGACUGUUGACCGCACUGGCCUUUGGCUCGCAGCUCAAAGCUCUUACCUCUCAAACAUCGUCGACCCCAUUGAGGAGCGGGACGACGAGGUUGCUCUUCUCAAACGCCACACCAGCGUCAAGAUCCAAAGAGAAUCUUUCGUAGAGGUUGAGGACGAUGUCCCACCCAUGCCAACUCAAAUCCGCGCUGAUAGCCGCUCUGAAGCCCGCAAAACGGUCCGUUUCUCUGUGAUCCCACCUACACCAUGCACCGGAGUCGUUGCAUGUCCAUUGCCCCAAACUGACCUCCCGCAAGAAUCAGCGUACUACCGCGCCUUCCAGAGCUUUAAAGCUCGCUCCCGCGCCCGCGACACGUUUUCGCACCGCAUCCCGCGAUUCGAGGCUCUGCAGACUCAGCGCGUCGUUUUUCCAGAUGCCCACCGAGCCCAGCUCCUCGGAAAAUAUCAACUCAGUACCGUUCAUAUGAGCCCAAAGAAACGCAUGUCCGCCAACGUCGCUCGCGGUGACGAGACCCCCCCUGAGAACCUGGAACGAAUGAAGAAGGAUAGAGAAUACGAGGCUUUCGAGCAAAUGAAACACGCAACCUGGAAUGUCAUGGCAUCGAGGCUUCUCAAUGGCGGUCGUCUCAUUGCUGCACCAGCAGCAAAGAAACUCUCUCGCCUUUCGUCAAUGGGUCCAAAGCUUUAUGGUGCCUCUCCCGAUCGUGCACGCAUCCUCGAUCUCGGUGGUCAAGCUACUUGUGAUUGGGCAUGGCACGUUGCAGCUGAAUACCCAAACAUCAAGGUCUACACUGUUACGACCAAAGCUCUUCGUCAACUCUCCAACUCCAACAUCCGCGGCCCAAAGAACCAUCGUCAAGUUGCCGUCGAUCGUCUUACCGUACUUCCCUUCAAGGACAACCAAUUCGAUCUCAUCUCGGCUCGUGAGAUCUACAGCAUCUUGAAGUCUAAAGGAGAGAAUGGUCAAGAUGAGUGGGAUGCUUGUCUAGCCGAAUGUCUUCGCGUCUUAAAGCCAGGUGGAUACCUCGAGUUCUCGAUCAUGGAUUCCGACAUCGUCAACGCCGGACCACUCGGUCUAGCAAAGAGCGUCGAAUUCGGAUUCAACCUCACCACCCUCGGUUUCGACGCCUCGCCCACCAAGACCUUCCUCCCUCGCCUCAAGCAAGCAGGGUUCGUCGGUGUCAAGCGUGCGUGGACAUUCCUACCCAUGGGAGCCAAGCUAGAGGAAGCACCCAAAAGCCGCGACAGUCUCGGCGUGGAAGUCAAACUCCAAAUGGACGCAUUUCUAGAGGGGAGUCUCGAGAGCAUGGCCUGCGUAGGCGGCAUUGUCGGCGGUUGGGCCUGGGAGAAGUGGUUACUCCGCUGCAAACUCCAAACUUUCGGGAACGAAGCAAAGAUUGAUGGUGUGCGUGAUAUUAUCGAGGAAGGACGAUACUGUGGUGCCGGAUGGAGAACGGUCAAUGGAUGGGCCAUGAAGCCUUUGCGCUAA